AUGAUAUUCUUUUUUGUAAAAAUAAAAAUCAAUUGGGGUAAAUGGAAAUUUGGUUUUGAGGAAGCAACCUUAAAGAAAAAGCUAAUCAAAUAUCCUAGUAAACUUGGGAUACAUAAGAAAGCUAUUAAAGAUGUACAAAAUAUUGUGUUGGAACAAUCAAUUGAUAAUAUUGAUGUUGUAGUUUAUCAUUCAUCAGAAGAUGAUUAUAAUGACAAUUCAUUAGAUUUAAGUAUUGAAGAAGUUUUAUGCAAUACACCAAUUUGGUCUCAAAUAAAACCUGGAGUAUUUCUUUUAAUGGUUGAAAGAGGACCUUAUCUUAUGGAUCAGAAUUAUUAUUUUCCAGUUAAUCAUGAUGAUGGCAGACAUUGUGACGGUAAAUGGUUUUAUAAGUUUCUGAAUAACGGAGAAAAAGUUCGAAGACAGUGGCUAUUAUACAGUACAUCAAAAAAUUCAAUUUUUUGUUUCGCAUGCCUCCUUUUUUCAAAUAAUGAUAUCCGAAAAUCCUCAUUUUCUGAUAAUGGAUUUCAAGAUUGGAAGCAUUUAAAUCCUUCUGUCGCUGAACAUGAGAAUAGUAAAAACCAUAAACAAAAUAUUUUAGAAUGGAAGGAGUUAGAAAAAAGAUUACGGGACAGUAAAACAAUAGAUCAUGAACUUCAAAAUUCUAUUAAAAAUGAAAAAGAAAAAUGGUUUUGUAUUCUUAAAGUUAUUGUCGAAGGAAUUUUAUUCUGUGCUAAAAACAAUCUGGCUUUAAGAGGUUCGUCGGAUAAGAUUGGAGAUCCAAAUUGUGGUAUUUUUUUAAGCCUAAUGGAAGUAAUAAGUCAUUACAAUCCUAUAUUAUUAGCUCAUGUAAAACAUAUUACAGAAAGUAAUAAACCGACUAUUAGUUAUUUUUCUCAUAAAAUUCAAAAUGAAAUAAUCUGUAUAAUGGGUCAGAAAGUAAGACAAACUAUAUUUGAACAAAUACAAAAAUCAAAAUACUUCUCAAUUCUUUUUGAUUGUACUCCUGAUAAAUCUCAUCAGGAACAAAUGUCACAAAUUAUCAGGUAUGUCCACAUUUCUAAUGGAGAAAUCAUGAUCAAAGAAUCAUUUAUUGAUUUUCUAAGUACCAACGAAAAAUCAGGAUUAGGGCUUUCUAAUGAAAUAUUAAAUACUAUAAAAAAUAAUGGAAUUAAUAUACUGGACUGUAGAGGACAAUAUUACGACAAUGACACGAAUAUGGCAGGGAUUAAUAAUGGUGUAUUUACAAUCACAUAUUUUACGUAUAAAUGA